GACAGUGCACCGCAUCGCAGUGAGGUCACUGUGCUACAAUUAAUUAGCCUAGCUAGCGCGUGCACUACUAAGCUAUUAGCUUUUGAUACAUAUUUAUGAUCUAAAGGUUAAACUGUGAGUUGGAAAAAUGUCUGGAAGCGCAGGAGAAUGGUGUCUGAUGGAGAGCGACCCCGGAGUGUUCACCGAGCUCAUUAAAGGUUUCGGCUGCAAAGGAGCUCAGGUUGAAGAGAUUUGGAGCAUGGAGCCUGAGAACUUUGAGAACCUGAAGCCAGUCCACGGCUUGAUUUUUCUCUUCAAAUGGCAGCCAGGGGAAGAACCAGCAGGAUCAAUUGUUCAAGAUUCAAGGCUUGAUCACAUUUUCUUUGCUAAACAGGUGAUAAACAAUGCAUGUGCCACCCAGGCGAUCAUCAGUGUUCUGCUCAACUGCUCCCACCCCGACAUGGUGCUGGGAGACACACUGACGGAGUUCAGAGAGUUUUCCCAGAGUUUUGAUGGAGCUAUGAAAGGUCUCGCUCUCAGCAACUCUGAAGUGAUUCGACAAGUUCACAACAGCUUUGCCAGGCAGCAGAUGUUUGAAUUCGAUGCAAAGUCUUCAGCAAAGGAUGAAGAUGCUUUUCACUUUGUGAGCUAUGUUCCUGUAAACGGCCGACUGUAUGAGCUGGAUGGGCUUCGGGAAGGACCCAUAGACUUGGGAGUCUGCAACCAAGAUGACUGGAUCAGUGCAGUUCGCCCAGUGAUUGAGAAGAGAAUACAAAAGUACAGUGAAGGAGAGAUCCGAUUCAACCUGAUGGCCAUUGUUUCUGACAGAAAGAUGGUAUAUGAGAAGAAAAUUGCAGAGCUCCAGGCUCAGCUCACAGAGGAUGAGCCAAUGGACACAGACCAGAACAACACAUUUUUAAGCACCAUCCAGUCAGAGAUUGCAAAGUACCAGCUUCUUAUUGAAGAGGAAAACCAGAAGCUGAAAAGAUACAAGGUUGAAAAUAUUCGACGAAAGCACAACUACCUUCCCUUCAUUAUGGAGCUACUGAAGACGUUGGCAGAGUACCAGCAGCUAAUACCUUUGGUGGAAAGGGCAAAAGAGAAACAAAGCGCUAAAAAGGCUCAGGAGGCCAAGUGAACAACAUCAACAUUCACCAGAAAGGUUCUGAUCAGACGCAAGCAAGGAAUCACCGUGAAAACCAGUCACUCUUUCAUCAGUGAGCAGUGAACAGACUCUGUACUUCACCAGUUAACUUCAUCACAGCGAGCAUGGAGGGCGUCCUGCAGCACACUUUGGCUUCCAGUGAAUUAUUCAGAAAGAGCUGUGCGGCAUUUGUAGCACAGAGACUGCCUGUCACAAUGUCCCCAUGUGUUUCUGUUGGCGCUAAUGCAUGUCUGAAGGAAAAAUGUGGUCUUAUUUUGUUCUUAUUUUCAUAAUAAAAUGUGUAGAUGUUUGAGG